GAGAAGCCGUUUGGCUGUAAGCGUAUUGAGAAACAGCGUUAGCCGUGCUAGCGCUGUUAGCUUAGUUAGCUUAGUUAGCAUGGCGGCGCAGAGGGAGUCCCAACACGGAGCGUCGGGAAUUAACGUCCUGUUUGGAGUUUUACAGCUUUUAUUAUCGUUUAUACAGCGUGGGGAUGCUCAGCUAACAGCACUGAGUCACAUGUCCAGCGUUGUGGAGGUCUGGCAAGCUGAAGAUGCAGAUUUCCUCUUUCCAUCGCAGGCAGUGGAAGAGCGGAGCCCAGAGAAUCUCCCUCAGGAAGACAGUUCCUCAUUUUACGUGCGGGACAGCGGGAGACCCGUCCACUUCCAACCGUCCACGCUGGACUUUGGCACUCAGCCUGUUGGCGUCCCGCGAGCUGAGACCAUCUAUAUUCAUAACCCAAGUGCGGAGCUGCCGGUCACACUGCAGUCCGUCUUCGCGUCCAGCUCACACUUUCAUAUGCCUGCCUUCCACAGACGGGUGAUUCCACCCAGAGGGAAGACAUCUUUUAAACUCAUAUUCCUCCCAAGAGAGGAGGGCAGUGUAGCAAACUCGUUAUUUAUUAAUACAUCGACCCACGGGGUGAUAACGUACCAGGUUUGUGGCGUUGGUGUUAAUGCUGGCUCUGUAAAGGACGUGCAGAGGAAAGACAGUGUUCUCAUAUUUCCACAUAUACAAAGCAUUAAACUUACACAAACUCAGGAAAAUGCUUUAAAUAUUACCAUCCUGGGAUUGCUGUUGGACUGCAGUCUUCCCAAAGCACUCUAUACUCAUCCACAGGGCUCCUGUUUUGGAGCAGAGGAUGAAGGACAUCUCUCUCUACAGAUCAGUCUGUCUGAAAGAGGAGAGAGACCGGCUCACCUGGAUAAACUCAAGCCCUACGUGCUGGAGAACAUCAUGGUGCUGCUCGUCCUGCCUCCACCAGAGGGCGUUGCGUAUCCAAAAAUAGGAGUUUACAUGCUGAACUCAGGGGUCAAACAGCUCUUUGUCAAGGAAAUCCAGAUCUUGUCAAAGACCGACAUCUCUGUAGAAAUCAGCCACACGCCGUUGAAAGCGUCCGCCAGUAACCUCACUCAGGUGGCCACGCUGUCCUGCAGACGAUCUUUAUCGCCUCAAAGUAAAAAAUGUACCAGUCAGUUCAGUGUGCAGAUGUUGGGUAACGUCAGUGUGAACACGUUUCCCUGGCUACAGCAUACACACAGGCUCAGUGACUCUGCUGGCUGGUUUCAGUUUGUACAGAAGCAGAGAAGUGCAGAUCAGGUGGAACUGUGGCUCAUUAACCCUCUCCGCCUGAGCUUCACCAUCACCAACGUGUCCCUGAGCCAGCCUUCACCGCGGUUCUUUAAAAUAGUAAACGUCAGCAGGUCAGCGGGCGUGGCCUCUGGAUGCUGGAAGCUACUGAAACUCCACCUCCUCAACAAAACAUUGCCUGUCAACCUGGUUGCCGUGGUAACAGUUCGGACCAGCCUGGGCUUUUUGCUGGAGCUGCGUGUCCACGCCUCCACCGCAGGGUCAAAGAGGGGGGAGGUGGUGUUUGAGGGCGGCGGUGAGUGUGAACAGCUCUGUCCGCUCCGCCUCUCCAGAACCGGGCGUUUGGAGUGGCAGCAGUCUCUCCUCUCAGAAUCCUUUUCUUCCUUGUGGAAGACAGAUAGCAGUUUGGCGUCGACUCUGUGCAGCCGCUGGCACCGUGGUAAAGAGCUCUCCUGCAGAUGGCCCAGAAUUCCCACAGAACGUGCUAAUGCUCUAGAUUUUGGCGCAACACCAGUCAACGAGAGCAAGAUUAAAAACUUCACUCUGAAAAACCCGACAUCGUCUGUGGUUUCGGUGGAGAUUCGAACCCUUUCCUCAUAUCCAGCCCCCCUCGAAGCGUUAGAUCUGCUCACCAAGUGGUACAUAAUCCCACACAAAUCAAACGUCAUUACAUCGAAGCUAGAUUUCACUAAACGUUUCUAUAUUGUUUGUUCUGUGUCUGGUUUGUUUUCACGUGUAUUUUCCAGGUUUAACAUCAGUCCUCUCUCGGUGAACAUCACUACAGCGGAGUUUUCCCUGCUGCCGUCCGAUCAGAAGGAGGUUCACCGUAGCAGCAGCGUUCGGAGGAUCGUCCUACAGCCGUGGGAGACGAGGAGCAUGUUUAUAGCGUACACGCCUACUGAACACAAACCUGUCACCUCCAUUCUUCUCAUCAGGAAUAACUUGACGGUCUUUGACCUCGUCUUGGUGAAAGGAUUCGGUGCGAAGGAGCUCCUGCGUGUGGGGGGAAAACUGCCCGGUCCUGGGGCAUCGCUGCGCUUUAAUGUCCCUCAGUCUACCCUGAUGGAGUGCAGAGACGGUUUGCGCAAUCACCUCAGCAAGCCUCUGUUCGCCAUCCAGAAGAGUUUUAAAGUGGAGAACGCAGGAGAGCUUCCUCUCACCGUCAUGUCCAUGAACAUAAACGGCUAUAAAUGCCAGGGCUUCGGCUUCGAGGUGCUGCAGUGCCGGUCCUUCUACGUCGACUACAACUCCUCGUCCGAGAUCACCAUCGCGUUCACUCCAGACUUCACGUCAUCGUGGGUGAUCAGAGAUCUGACCUUAAUAACAGAGCGUGGCUCUUCCUUCCCCUUCACCCUGAACGUCACUCUACCGCACCACAUGCUGCCGCUGUGCGCUCAGGUCGUCCCCGGGCCCAGCUGGGAGGAGUCGUUCUGGGUCGUCACACUCGUCUUCACCUGCUUCUCUUUAGCCGGAGUUUGUCUCAUGGCCUUCCACCAGGCUCAGUUCAUCCUGAGAGAGUUUUCCACUCCAACACCUCGCAGUAACCAUAACUCCAACCCCCGCGAUAACAGCAGCCAGAACACUCCCAGCAACACCAGUAAAGGAAAAGGCAGCUGCAAAAGUUACUCCGACACGAGCCACCCUUCCGAUAAAGGGAAAGGGCGGGGCUCCACGUCCGUAGCCAACGGAACGGCUCGUUCCCAAACCUCCACCAGGAAGAGCUCCGGAGGCUUCUCCCAGCCUCAAAAGAAACAAACAAGAGUUUCAUUCCUUUAUAGAUACAAGAGCAGCUCUUCAGCUAACACUAAUGCUGCUAAUGCUAAUUCUACCCCUCCGAUGGACGAAGAAAUAGAGGAACAGACGUUCGACCCAGACCCCGAAGUCUGUAAUAAUAACAAUAACGACGAGGCUUUAAUAGAAUCGGUACUCCACGCGGAACAGAAAGAACAGAUCAGGGAGGAAAACACGUUGCCAGGAGAUAUGUUUCCCAUGGAAACGCUUUGUGGAUUUCCUGAAAGCAUCACAGCCAAUCACAUGCCUCAGGCUCAUGCAGACGGACAGGUGGAGAGCAGCUCCAGCCGUAGGAAAGAUGAGGAUAAAAGGGAAAACAUAAACACUGAGCCGAGAGAGAGCGACGGCUCUCAGAAGAAAAGGGCGGAAAAGGACUUUGAGCUCGCGGCGUCCACCGCCAACACCAAAACGAAGAAAAACUCAGGAAAGAACCGCAGGAAGCCUGUCGAUACCAUACCAGGGCUUCCAGAGAGUGGAGCUACGAUGAUGACGGGGAUCGAGAGGGAACCCGAAUACAGAGAAUCUCGUAACAUAGCUAGAACUCGUAACCACUCGGCUAGCGUGAAGCUGGACAUCCCCAAAGCAGUAGCAACAGUGGAGAGUCCCAUUAAACAAAACGGCGUGUGUUUUGCCAGACCCCGUCGGAAGGCCCCAGAGCGUCGGCUUCAGUGGGAGUCGGGCUCGGAUUCUGGCAGCUCUUCAGGCAGCGUCAGGGCAAGCAGAGGAUCAUGGGGCAGCUGGAGCAGCGUGGAGGGAGAGAAAGAUCCCAGUAGAGCACGACAGAGAGAUCCUGUGCAGUACAACAUGUACACGACUGAGCGUGAUGGUCAUCCACCGGUGAAAUGCACCUUUAAAGCUCAGAGCAUGAACAAUCUGUACUUGAACCCUGAAACUCCUGCUCUGUCUUCGAGCUUCGCCAACGUGGCUGCAGGUGUGGACAGAAGCUCAGACUCGAGCGGAGCGUACGCGCCCGAGGAGACGUGGUCUGCUCCUUCUGUUCCUCUGACCAAUGGGUUCAGGUACAACAUGCCAGAACCACGUAGCACCUACAACCAGAACUCCAGCUCUAACACCAGGUCCAACUCCUUUAAUGGAAGUUUCUUGUGGAAUAAUGCAGCCAGUCAGUGCAGCAACCCGUAUUCUUAUUGCCCCCCAAAUAACUACAUGUUAUCAGGAAACGGAAAUUACCAAAACGGUUUCCCGUGCCGGGAAACUCAAACACAGGCCAACUGGAGUGAGGAAACACCACAAGAGGUCACUUCCUCUUGGGACAUGACUAGCUGUGUAGGCAGCAAGCCAUAUUUCUCAGGCACACGGAGUCUGUCCCCGAUCUCCUCCAGUCUGUUCGGCUCUAUCUGGACUCCUCAGAGCGAGCCGUAUCGGAGCCACUUCCAAGCUGAACGCUCCGUGCCUGUCUCUCCGGUGUCUCCCUUCACUCCAGAGCCACUUCCUCCUAAGCACUUCUCCAGCUUCAACCCGUUCGGUCCCCACAUGCACCUGGACAUCUGGAACAACUCGGCCUCUAACCGCAGCUCCAACUCUCAGCUCUCCAACGACUCGGGCUACUGUGCAGACACUUGACUGAGCAGGCCCGGAGCUCCGCCCACCGCAUAAGGAAAACGACAACGACGACAAACAAGAAUGUGGUUUUAUUGAUGACGGAGGAAAAAAUGUGAAUGUUUUUUCUUUUCUGUUUUAUGUUCCAUUUUUUCCUCGACAUGAUUCUGUUUGUGCAAAAUUUAAGCUUUUUGUUGUAUAUUUUUCUAGAUGUUUUGCAAACUUGGCCAUAAAAAAUAAAAAAAAAAUCUUUUGUA